AUGGAGCGCACCAAGCUGUUCGUGGCGCUGGAUGUGCUGUGCCUGGUGAUUUCAAUUGGCGAGGCCUACCUGGUCUACACCGAACGCUUGCACUCGCGUUCCCAGUUUAACAAUUACCUGGCUGCCCUCUACAAAGUUAUUGGGACGUUCCUGUUUGGCAGCGCCGUCAGCCAAUCGCUGACCGACUUGGCCAAGUACAUGAUUGGGCGUCUGAGGCCGAAUUUCCUGGCGGUCUGUGAGCCAGACUGGACGAAAGUGAAUUGCUCGGUUUACAUCCAGGUGGAAGACGUGUGCCAGGGCAAUGCCAGAGACAUCACAGAAUCCAGAUUGUCAUUCUAUUCUGGACACUCUUCCUUUGGGAUGUACUGCAUGAUGUUUUUAGCGCUUUACGUCCAGGCCCGCCUGGUUGGCCGAUGGGCUCGGCUGCUGCGCCCGACUAUCCAGUUCUUUCUCCUCUGCUUCGCCAUCUACGUGGGCUACAGCCGGGUGUCAGACUACAAGCACCAUUGGAGCGACGUGCUGGUUGGCCUCCUGCAGGGGGCGCUCAUUGCUAUCCUUACGGUCCGCUACAUCUCCGACUUCUUCAAGGAGAGGCCCCAGGCGUCGUGUGCCGAAAAGGAUCUUGGACGUAAACCCAGCACCCCCCUGCCUCUGAGCGAGUCGGAGUGUAAUCACUGCAACUACCGGGUUCCUGUGUGAACGGGGUGACUUCGAAUUGGUUUGAUUUCAGUGGCGAACAUCACGUAUCCGCCUAUCAUCCGGUAUCUCUGCCUCUCUGAUGCGUUUCUACUUUCCCUUUGGACUUGUCCAACGAAGAGGCAAAACCGGGACAUAUUUUUUUUUCCCCCUUUCAUUCUUCUUUUUGCGUUCGUUUUUAAACCCUUCUUUUUUUACUAUUAUUAUUGUGAUUAUGCCCGAUGCUACUGCACCACACCACACCACACGUUUGACACUUGCAAAAUGCCUGCCUCACCGCCACCUAGGCCCAAAGGCCAGGCCAGAAUUUGAAAAAAUUUCAAACUUUUGUCUCUGGUUAAAAGACGUCCAGACAAGCCGUUUCCAUGUGGGGUAAAAUAAGACACAGGUUUAUAUAUAUAUUCAGCUUGAUGGCCCAGCUUUUUAUCGGGACUUCGGCUCUUUGUGCCUGGCUUUGCGAAAGUGUACCACAGCAUGCUUUGCAAAAGUUAGUGGGUCUCUGAUCAUCUCUCCCCAAAACCGUGGAAGGAUUCCUGAGCACUGUCAAGUCAAGACCCCAAAAUUGCUACGGUGUUUUUAACACUUUUUUGGGCUGGAUUCUCCAUUUUCUGUGUAUUUGGGUAUUCUUUUUAGGCGCCUGAUGGAGGAUCUGAAGGGAGCUUGUUUUUGAAUGCAGACAAAUCCUCUGAAAGGACAUGACGUGUGAAAUAUUUGCUCUGGGGUAUAGCAGCAAAAAUGGACUGUAACUGUGAAAGGUUAGGGCAGGGAUUUCCAAUUUUGGCA